UAUAGUGUGUUUAAAUAAUAAAUAUGGUAUAAAAUGUAUAUAUACACACCGUGAAACGAUAAUAGCUUAAACUAUUUAUAUAUGUGGCAGGACAAUGAUCGUUUUAUUUUGGUUUGUUUUUGGGACAAAUAUACAUUUUCUAGUGCAUAGUUAUUCAAUCGAGCAGCAACCAACGACAUGGGGAAACGCUUUAUGUCAAUUAGCAUUUCCAGUUCUGAAUUUCUCCGGGAGUACACCUUCUAUAGAUUCAACCGAGGAUAUUUCGAACCUAGCAAUUCCUGGGAAAGGUGUUUGGAUUGGCUAUUACCAAGCAAUGGUUACCUACACAUAUGUCGGAAACGGUCGAAGGGAUCAGUAUGAAGGGCACAUUUAUGACGUACAAAGUCUUGGCGACUGCAUAUCCGCUACAGGAUGUAAAACCUUCGGGUUAUGGAAAUCAAAUACAGGCCUUACAUGUAAAUGUGCCUUGGGAUAUACAGUAUUUGCCAACAUAUCUUGUAAUUCACAUUGCAAUGACUCGAACUUUGAAUUUCCGUGUGGAAUAGCAGAGACCAAUAUAAUGUCUGUAUACAACACAGACAAUGAAAGAAUAAUAUCACAGACGGACGACACAUGUACGUCGAUUGAAUGCAGUUGUCUUUCAUUCACAUACAAUAAUACUCCAUCGGACGCAUACAUAUUCAAAUGGAAAACAUGCAUGGAUAAAGAAUUUUCCUUUCAACCCCUUUGCAAUAACCAUAACUUUUCAGUUGAUACCCAAUCUGCUGUAAUUCCGAACUCUGAGUAUAAAAGGACGUGGGCUACUGCAUCGGAAUCUUGUUUUGCUGCCGGAAAAUAUCCAGCAACAUAUACAAGCAUAUUGAGCACAUCGUUUUCUGGCAAUGUUUCCGGACUGGAGCGUUGGACUGGGGUCAUAAGGAAAUUGUCCGUUAUAAAACGAACUGAAAACUUCAACCCCUACGAAAUGUCUGCGGUCGCGGUCGCUGUUUUGCAAAAAAAUGGUACAGUUGUGUUUGAAGAUAGGACUCAACGUAGACAUAACGUAUGUCAUUCCCCUUUAGGAGGCACAUCCAAAACAACACCAUUUAGCUCGACGCAAACGACCCCACCCACCAGCAUAACCUCAUUGAACAAACAUACAGCAAUUUCGAACACAACAGCAUCAACCAAAUUGUACACAGUACCGUUAGGAACAACGACAUCUUUAGGCACAGACGACGCAGGAUCCACGGCCGGUCUCGCAGCUGGUUUGUCCGUUUCACUAGUUUUACUUAUCCUUGGAGCGAUCAUUGUGCUGCUGUUCUUGAAACGGAGGGGAUUUCUACCGGAAUGUCACAAACAAACUGAGGAAACAAGCAAUCAUAGCGCAGACACAGCGACCGAUAAUUCCUUUAUGUCAACUCCGAUAUUUGAAUCUACCACAAACACAAUGCAUGACUUGGCAGCUUCCAAUCAUACUUAUCUUGCACUUGAAAGGACAUUUGACGGAGUGAAUAAAGAUGAUGCAGAUCAGUAUGCAGAGCUAGAUGCGACCGAAUUUGACCAUUAUGAUUAGACCGAAACGCCAGAAAAAGAAAUAGUUAACGAUUAAGACACAACCGAUGCCAAAAAUGGCUUUGCCGCGACUAAAUUGGCUAAGCAAGAUAGCAACUAUAACAAAGUCACUUUACAUCUAUACAAUGAGUAUGACCAUAUUAAUAAUAAAAAUGGAACUCUGCCAAUGUUAGGCAGACAAAUUGAAAAUGGAUAUGAUAUCACAAGUAACAUUAUAAACGGGAAACGCAAUAUUCGUUGCGGAGAUAACGAUAACACAUAUAAUCAAUUGAACAAAAAUAAUUUGAAGGGUUCUAACACGGAAAAUAUUUAUGGAAAGACGGAAACAGAUGGCGACAGUUGAUAUGAUACUUUUGGAGAUCUCAACGGUAGCCGGAAUGCAGCUGCAAAAGAACCGGAGAAUGAUUAUGCCGUGAUUAAAAAAAAUGGUAGAGUUCGGUGCCAUUCAAAGGACAUAUAAUUACAUGAUUUGAUCAUUUAAAGUUAUUUAACUUUAGGGCUGAGGAAAACAAUCAACGUUUUGCACCGAUUGUCAAUAAAACCGUGAGAAAUGUUUAUUUAAUGAAAAGAAUAACUUAACUAGGUUUACGUUCAAUCCUAUUCCAGAAGAUGUGCCCAUCUGUUAAAUGGUAUGAAUGACAUGAUUGCUAAACCAUUCUAUAUACUUUUAUAUUUGUGUUUAUAUCUUAUUGUGAAUGCUUUGUGUUGAAAUAUCUGUUUCUCGUCGCCAUAGAAACAAGCAUCAUUUUUUUGCAACUACAUGUGUAAACUAACAAACUGAUAUUUGCUGUUAAGAGCCAUAGUUGUACCUAGGUAAACGUAAAACAAAGUAAUUGUUCGCUAAAACCAUAUAUUUGUUUUGUUAAGGUUUUAAAGUUUUUUUGAUAACACAAAACUGUUGUUAUUUCUGAUUAUAUACGACUUCGAAUUCUCUAUUUUCAUAUAUGUAUAUAUAUAUGUAUAUUGACUUCUAGAGACUUCGUCAGAGGAAGAGUCAGGAUAACCAAUUGCUGAUUCGGAUCAGGGCGAUACAUUACCCUGCUUAAGGGUAUUUUUAUCAUUUGUUGAGACAUCUUGUUCCCCAUCAAUAUUUUUGUGCACUACAUCAUCCAGGUAUUUGUACAUGUGGACUGAAUUGUCUGAACUACGUCAUCAAGGUUUGUGUACAUGUAUAUAUAUUUGUGAGCACUACGUCAUCCAGGAUAUAUGUGAAAUUUACAUGUUUAUAAUGACAUGAACGAUAACACGAAGACAACAGUUUAUGCGAGUAACAGCGAGUGUACAAGAACAAGUUGAAUCAAAGCGCUUAAAGCGUUUUAUGGAUUUCGACAUGCAGCGUUUUGUGAGUAUAGUCAUGUAAUUGUAAAAUAUAAUUAUUAACAUAAACAUCUAAAGAUAUGUAUAAGUAUAUGCUCGCUCAUAAUUUCCUUCGUGAAACUUAGAGUUUAAUAUUGAUUUUCAAUGAGAUCAUAAAGAAUAAGUCACUUGAAAUGUGGUAUACGCAAAAUAGUUAAUUAUAAGGUAUUGAGUAAUUCUCAAUAUCAUAUAAAACCUUAUCUGGAGCUUUGGUUUCAUAAACAAUGCACUGCCACGGAUAAAGCAUUAUUGAAUUUUAGUAAAAUUUACUCCUCACUCCAAACUUGACUUAGGCGUAUUUACUACCAGGGUAUGCCUGCGAAACUAAAUGCAUCCCAACAAAAUGCAUUGGACAUAUCAAUAACGCUUAUGAUUGAGGCUUCUUUCUACAACGCCAAAUACCUCUCGAUCGAAUCAUCCACAUACUAUUUAUUCCCUGUUUGUUUGAUGUACAUGUAUCUUAAUAAUGUCAAUCGUGGACAGAAUGAACGGAUAUAUAUCAGUUUUUGUUUUCUAAAUGCAUAUGCAUUAUGCUACAUGCUAAAGAUAUUGGACUGAAAUUAAUGAGACAUACUGGAAAAUAUUCACAUACUUUCCGUUUCAUUCGGCACUACAUGACUAUGACACAAAUUAUAGCAGGUCGAUAGCCUGUCAACGCUUUAAGCGAUUUGAUUUGAAUGGAAAAAGUGUAUAAUAUUCAUUUAGUAGUGGUUAAAAGCUUGUUAGUUUAUUCUUAAACAAGAGAAUGGUUUUAUGCGACACAGAUUUUACAAACACAAGUAAAAACUAACAAUCUCAAUAAUAAAAACGUCAAGUAAUAGCCGAUUUAAACAUUUCAAACAUAGAAAAUAUGCUUAUGAAUGAACUCUUAUCACCAAAAUCUGAUUGUAGGAUAAAAUAAUGUUUUAUGAUUUUAUU